AUGUUGUGGAAGCGCGCGAAGGGUCGUUAUGCGGAGCGAUGCGGAGCGGUGAUGACGAUCAGCCUGGCCACCUAUGUGUGUGUGGUACUGUUCGGCUCCACUUCCUGGCUCUGCACCAAUGCUGUGUGGAUGGAGCUGCCGCUGCUUACCGCUAAACUGCCGGAGGCGUGGAGUCUACCGUCCUACCUGGUGGUUGUCGUACAGGCGGUAAUGGUUUGCCUCUGGGAUGAUGAGGCGUGCAGGGCAUUUUCUGAGUAUCCAGCAAGCUGUGCAUUUGCCUUGCAAAUCAGGGGACUGGUGAAUUUGCCUGCACACUUCUGCAGUGACUUUCUUUAUGCGCAAAAUGCUUGA